AUGGCAGGAGUCAACAUUCCAGUACUCAUAGCUAUCUUUGUGUUCUAUUUGCUCAUCCUUCUUGUGGGUAUCUGGGCGGGCCGCAAGAAUGCACAGUCCAAGCAAGGACAACCUGAGGAUAACUCCGAGGUGAUGCUCGCUGGACGAAACAUCGGACUCUUUGUUGGCCUCUUCACGAUGACAGCGACUUGGGUUGGCGGAGGCUACAUCAAUGGAGCCGCCGAAGUAGUUUAUCGAGACGGGCUCAUUUGGUGCCAGGCUCCCUUUGGGUAUGCCGUCAGCUUAAUUGUUGGUGGGCGGUUGUUCGCUAUCCGAAUGCGCAGAGCUGGGUACAAGACGAUGUUAGAUCCAUUCCAGCAGCACUAUGGACCCCGUAUGGGAGGUCUGCUCUUCAUACCUGCUCUUUGUGGUGAAGUCUUCUGGUCUGCAGCAAUCUUAGCCGCUUCAGGCGCCACAGUAAAGGUUGUACUGGACUUUGACCGCACUAAAUCAGUUGUAGUGUCUGCCUGCAUCGCCUUCCUUUACACUCUCACUGGUGGACUUUACUCGGUUGACCACAUCGACGUUGUCCAGCUGCUAGCCAUUUUCUUGGGGCUAUGGCUAAGCAUCCCGUUCAUCAUGUUCGACGCCAAUGUGGGAGAAUUCUCUUUUCCGGACAACGAUUACAUCGGCUCGAUGGACUGGAAGUUUUCCGGCGUCUACUUCGAUAGCAUGCUCCUACUUACGCUGGGAGGAAUCCCAUGGCAGGUGUAUUUUCGGCGCGUACUUUCCAGCAAGACCGCUGAAGGAGCUGAACUACUAUCGUACAUGGCCGCAUUUGGGUGUAUUUUCAUGGCUGUUCCACCUGUAGUCAUCGGUGCGGUGGCCAAAGUUGCCAAUUUCAGCGCUGCUGGCUUUGAAAGCGGAUGGACUCUAGAAGAUGCGUCCCUGGUGCUUCCGCUUUCCCUGCUGUAUCUGUCACCCUCCUUCGUGUCAGCCAUUGGCCUGGGAGCUGUGUCAGCUGCGGUGAUGUCGUCGGCAAAUUCUUCUAUACGCAGUGCAGCUUCAAUGUUUGCCUGGAACAUCUACAAGCUGGUCUUUCGACAAUCUUUUGACCCUUCUCCAGACAUGCCAUGCGAAAAGCGAAGGCUAAAACAUACAGCUGUCCCGUCGUCAAACUUGCCAGUGCUGUCACCCCACGAUCCUCGAAAAGAAGAGACUAAGAAGAGGAUCGCAAGCCAACGCGAAGAGAGGACUGAUAAGAGGGCAGCGGCUAAACUCAUAGCCAUGACGAAUCAUUUGUGUAACAGUUCAGCGAAUGCCAAUGAGGAGCUUAGUGCCAGUGAACAAGCACCAAAGGAAGUAGAGUCUGAAAUUCAACAGACUUGUGGGGACUUGUGCAUAGCGAACAUCCUUUUGAGUCUUGAUGUGGUGCCUACAAAGUACAACAAGGAUGGUGAAAUGCAAGUUCGAACGGGCGAUCUUACAUUACAUUUUUGA